AUGCGGAAUCAGAGAACAUUUCAAGAACAAGACCUACGCGCCCGGUCCCGUAAGCAGAAGCGUCCACAACAGCCCACCCUGCCUGAAAAGUACAUCCAGAAGACUUCCCCCUUUGAGAACAUGCGUGCUAUACAAGUGCCGUUCGACAGAGCCAACGCCAAGCGCCUCGUGGAUAUGAGUCAGGAAACAUUCAUCAAGGCCAAACCCAAGGACACAGUGGUCAAGUCAGGCUUAGCCGCGCCGACUACAAAGUACAAGAGUGAUGCGCCAAAGAUUCCUCCUUUCAAAGAGUAUGUCAGUCUGAGGAACAACGUUCUCAAAGACAAUGAGUCAAAAUUACUCGCAACACCCUAUUUCCAGGACGAAGACUAUCGUGGUCGCGAGGUUCUGCUGGAUACGCUUCCUUAUAUGUACGAGAUGACGCAUGACGAGAAGGGGCCGUUAGACUUUCGCAAGGAACAGUGCCGGUUCUACGAAAAAGCUAUCGAAGCAUUCCUGUCUGAAAUAGGCAUCACGUGGAACGAUAUCCUGUUUUGGCUACUGGCCCCGGAUCAAGACAUCAUACAAAUCAACAAAUCUUUAGAGGGAAACAAGCAAUUUGAAGCACAGCUCCUCGAACGAUCACGAUAUCACAUUGAGGAGUUUGAGAGAGACGGUGAACCGAAGAAGGCUAUUCUGUUUAACCGGAACAACAAAAAGUGGGAAGGGUUUGUCGCACAGCUUGAAGAGCCGAUCCCGAGUGCUCUGAGACUUGCGGCAACAGCUUCUGCAGCGGUCUUCAAGGAAUGUGAAUUCAGCAUCUGGUACCUGGCUCAACAGUCCAAAGCUGUGCAGAGUCUCAUACGGACGAAGUCUGCACAUGAGCAGUCUUCCAAGCACUCAACGUACAAGAAGAUCAUGUGCAGAGUAUGCCAUAAACACAAUUGCCUUACGCAUGGCGAGAUCAGACAAGUACCUGAGGAUUCCUGGAAGACGGACUCGGAAGACGAAGAACGCGCUACACAGGCGACUGAUGAUACCAGUCGUCGAGGCUCCGACAACAGAAUUCCGCGCCGUGUGUCGAACUUUAGCAAAGACGACACAGACGAUGAGAACGAACCCGGCGACCCCUUGCCCGCACAUUUUGACUCCGACUCCGACAUUGAGAAGGUCAUAAACUAUAAGCUCCCUGCAAACCCAAGCGCUUUCGAGACUUGUUCAGAGACGGAGAUGAUCACUCCCAAAGGUGCGAAACCGCCACCUGACCUUUGUGGCUCUUGCGGAGCAUCUGAAAUCCUCGACCCGGUGAAUCGUUAUAACGAUGAAGUGGUUCAACGCAACUGCUGUAAUGUUGCGAUACAGAGGGGUGUUCCUCGGAAAACGUUGCUCGGUCAUUCGGAAGUGCAUGGCUUUGGACUCUAUAUGGGCGAGGACAUCAAGAGUGGCGAGUAUAUUGGUGAAUACACUGGCGAGGCCAUCUCGGUCAAGGAAGGCGAUCGUCGAGUGACGAUAUACGACUACCAGAAGACGAUGUAUCUGUUUCGUCUUAACUCGAAGCAAGAAGUUGAUGCCACGUACAUGGGCAAUAAAUUACGCUUCAUCAACAAUGCCGACGACAAGUACACAAACUGCGGCCCCAAGAACUUGCUUUGCAAUACAGUCUUUCGCAUCGCGCUUUUCGCCACCAGAGAUAUCAAGGCAGGCACCGAACUGUUCUUCAACUACAACUAUCCCAAAGAGAAGACGGAGCAAUUCAAACAGCCGAAUGCCAAGAUCGUCGCGGUCAAACAGACCAAGCAAAAGACGAAGAAAAGGGAGUCACUCACCAGUCUGAGCCAGCCCAUCGAGGACCGCUCACGCAUCCUUGCCGCCACAGCAAAGGCCAGAGAGGCAAAAGCAGCGAAGCGGAAGGAGGCUAUGCUGCAAGAGGGCGGCGUGGAGCCAGCCACAAGAAGGCGUUCUGGAACACUUCAAGCACGAAAGGCAGCUACGAGCAAGCCCGGACGCAAAACAGUGCGAAAGUCCAAGCGCGGAGGCCUCAAUAGGAACGAGUCCACAGGCUCAGAUACGGGUAUGGAUGCAGAGGCAAGCGACCCCGAGAUCCCCGAGAUCCCUCCCGUUAUUGAGUCGCAGAGCACUCAGACUAGUCUGUACGUCCAGGACACGGAGGCGGAAGACGACGAGUUCAUCUUGCCGGAUACUCAAGAAGACGAAGAGCAAGAUGUGGCUGAGCCGGCCUCUGAGGAUGAUGAACCGCCCGGUCGAUCUACGAGGUCUCGUCGUGCGCCGGUUCGACCGCGUAAGAGGGGGUCGGAUGUGGCGCCGGUGGUUGCGGUUAAGCAGGCGGUCAAGCAGAAGAAGGGGAAGGGUGGCGCACGACCGGGUGCUGGUAGAAAGAGAAAACGACCCGUUAUUGCUAACAGCGAUGAUGAGUGA